AUGUUAAUGCUGACUAAUAUAUCUGCUUCAAAUGCUGAUACUGCACAUGAGCGCGGCCGACCUGCUGUUAGCGUUGAUCACCAUGGUGCCGACGAUGGCGACCACGCCACUGUGCCUGUGUUCCAUGGCCCUGACUUGCUAUGCAAGCUUAUGAAGUUCUUGCAGAUCGGAGAAAUUCCGCGUAAGACCAAUCUGACGUUGUUUUUCACAAAGCCCUCGUUAUUGCAGGUGAUUCCGAUGUACGCCAGUUCGUUUCUGCUGAUCGCUAUCAGCGCCGAUCGUUUCCGGGCUAUAUGUUGGCCUCUGGUGUCCAUGAAAUCAAAUGCCUACAAACGGCCGGCUCUAUACGCCGGUGCGGCUUGGACGUUGGCGUUGCUCUUCUCCACGCCUCAGUUCGUGUUGCUCACCAAAAGUGAAGGCGACUGUCUCAGAACGUACACCAGUCCUUAUCAGAUCACAGAAGAAAGAAAUAUCUUUAAAAAAAAGAUAAGCUACAAAAAAUGGAAAAAAUUGCGAAAACUGAAAUGUCUAAUAUGGGAAAUUGAAAGACUGUUCUGUUUACACUACGCCUUGUACGUGACGGCGUUCAACACCGUGGUCUGGUUGCCACGAAGCGCCUUAGCGGGCUACCUCUACUUCUGUGUAUGUAGGGCAGAUUGGCGGAGUACUUCGUUCAACAGCAACUUUCACUCGAAAGAGUAA